AUGGCCACACCGAACCAAUCUCCCCCCGCCACUGCGGCGGCGAAGCAGCCGCGUGUCUCGGAUGAGUCGGCAGAGACGACUCCUUUGCUCGGGAGUCCUCUACCGCCGCCCGCCUACCCGAGCAUCAUUCCUCACGACGACGACAACAAAGACGCUGGGCCGUCGCGGAACCAGGCGGACUACGACCUGGGGCCGUCAAAGGAUCUCGAGAACGCCGGCAUCCACCCCGCCGCCGUGCACCUGCACCACCGCCCGGCCAGGCCGUGGUCUCAGGGGAAGGUGGUGAGGCUGCUGUUGAUCGCAGCAGCCCACGCCGUGCUGAUCUGGUUGAUAUUGACUGCUACAUGGGGGGGCCGCUCGUCCAAAAAGAGCAACGUGCACAAUGACUUGCCGUAUUCGGAGACGCCUCACAUGCCAUAUUACUGCCACGAGCUGUCGCGUUCGCACACCACGACCCACAGCUUCGACGAGCAGCUGGACGAGCUGCGCAUCGUCGAGCAGAUCCGCCAGCACCGCGAUGGCUACCACGACAUCCACGGGCUGAUCAAGCUCGUCCCCGCGUCCGACGACAGCAGCAGCAGCGAUGGGAUCCGCGUGACCGUGAGCAUCCAAAGCAACUUCCCAGACGACGACGACAUCGCCAUCGUCAAGACGGACACGAGCCUCAUCCUGCAGAGCACCCGUGCAGAGAGCCCAAACACUUGGCACGAGCGCGCCUGCACCGUCGUCGACGUCACCGUGGCUGUGCCCGCCGGUACCACGCUCGCCGCCCUCGCCGUCAGCGCCAACUGGCUCUCGCUGCACCUGCACCCGCUGCUGGACUUGACCAUCGCCGACGGGUUCAACGUCGAGCUCGGCGCCGGCAGCGUCGCGUCCGCCGUCGCGCUGCCCAGCCGCCGCACGUACAUCUCGCCCGCCUACGGCUCCGUCCAGGGCGUGUAUGCACUGCUCGACUUGCUUGAGAUCGACGCCGCGGCGGGUUCGGUUGAUAUUGAGGUUCGUCCUGGCGAGGCUGAUCCUGAGAACCCUGCGCCGGCGGUAUUUAAUGCGCGGUCGAAGGCGGGGUCUAUAGCGGCGCGCUUCCCGACGAACGAGGAGGAGGAUGAUGGUGCGGGAUUGCCGGACCGCGAUUACCAAGUCGAUGUCCAGACGGAGGCGGGUAGUAUUAUGGGUCGGUAUGUGCACGGGUCGCGGUCGUCGUUUGAGUCGAAGUAUGGGAGUAUUACGGUGACGGCGUUGCCGUUUAAGCCUGCAGAGGCGUCGGUGCUGCGGGCGAAGAAUGAGGCGGGGCAGACGAUGUUGGAUUUGUUGGUGCCGCUAAAGGAGAAGGAGGGGAAGGGGAGAAAGGAGGAGGAGGGUGGACCUUUUGUAGACUUGACGGCCGAGUUCACGUCGACGGUCGGAUCGGUCAGAGCGGUUUUCCCGCCCGAGUGGGAGGGUACGGCGGAUGUGGAUACGGCGGUUGGAAGCUUGCGGGUUGCUGGGGAGGGGUUGGAGAUUGUGAAGGAGGGAACCCACGGGCCGGUGGGGAAGUGGGUGCAGGCGGUUAAGGGGGAGGGGGAGUCGACCGUUUUGAUUAAGAGUAAGGUGGGGAGUGUGGAGUUUUUGGUGCAGGAGACGGUGUGA